AUGGCUAAACACUUUAAAGAAGAGAGUAGCUGUUUUACCUGCUUAAAUUAUCUUGAAAAACCCAUAUACCUGAAAUGUGGAUAUGUCUGCUGCCUCCAAUGCAUCCACUCACUGCAGAAGGAGCCCCAUGGGGAAGGUUUAUUGUGCCCCUCCUGCUCUAAGGUCUCUCAGAAGAAAGAUAUCAGGCCCACUCCCCAGCUGGGGAAACUGGUUUCCAAGAUCAAGGAACUAGAGCCCCAGCUGAGAACUGUUCUACAGAUAAACCCGAGGAUGAUGAAAUUUCGAGUGGAUAUGACCUUAGAUGUGGACACAGCCAACAAUUAUCUCAUAAUUUCUGAUGACCUGAGGAAUGUCCAUUGUGGGUAUUUCAAUCAGAAUAAGAAAGAGUGUGCAGAGAGAUUCAACUAUGCAUUGUGUGUCCUGGGCUCCCUGCGGUUCACUUCUGGCCGCCAUUACUGGGAGGUGGACAUGGGCACAAGCAAAGAAUGGGACGUGGGUGUUUGCAAAGAAUCAGUUAAUCGACAAGGGGUAAUUCUACUCUCUUCAGAACUGGGCUUCUGGACUGUGGGUUUGAGAAAUGGAGACUUCUUCUCUGCCAGCACUAUACCUUUGACUGCUCUCUCGGUGAACCCCCGGUUAAACCGAGUGGGGAUUUUUCUGGACAUAGCUAUGGGGAUCAUUUCCUUUUGUGAUGUUACUGAUGGAUCCCAUAUCUUUACAUUCACUACAAUUUCUACUGAAGAGCCACUGCGUCCAUUUCUUGCUCCUGCAAGUGCAAUUCAUGAUGAUCAAGGCUAUUUGAGAAUCUGUCCUGUGAUGAAUUCAGGUAUGACCAGUCCCCAGAUUUAUCCUGGGCAAGGCAAAUAAGCCUUUGACUACAGAAACAUUUAGAGAAAAUUGCUGUGCUCAUAACCAUAGCUAAGGACGUUUCUUCUUGGCACACAUAUGGUACAAAGAUAUUGCAAACAGUAUGGAGCAUUUAUGAAUCAUAAAUACUGUAUUGUUUACGGAAAACUACUUUUUAAAUAUAAGGUAUUGUCAUGGUUGGUUUUUUGGUAUGUAUGUUUAUCUUUCUGUUCCAGUUAGUAUGUUCUGAACUUUCAGAUCAAUUUCCAAAUGUUUUUCUUUGAAUUUUCUGUAAUAUCAACUUAUUGUGUUGUAGAAGUUACAAAGUAAAUACAAAUUUGGAUGUGACCCAACUGAUUAAGUGCUUUUCUAAAUUAUA